AGACAUGUUACGGAUUAUGCAUGUAGUUCCCUGCAUGUGCAUGCCGAUAUAGAAAAGGGGUGUCUUGCUGUUAAUUAAAAGACACAGAAUAUCUGAAUGCUUAGUUUUCUGUUUAAAAUAAGCAGGAAGAUGUAGAAUAUAAACCAUAUACAGUACUGUAUGCUGUAGGUCUGUAGGUCCUCUCCAGAAACCCCUCCCUUCUCCUCCGCACGCAUCUUCCUCUUGCCACGCGACGGAUCUGGGGCAUUCAUUUUCGACAUUUUUUGUACGCCUGAACUCGUCUCACGAUGGAUCAGCAGCAGGACUUCAUGAACUCCGACCCCAGCAACGCAGCCCUGCACUACAACUCUGGGGUUACCAUGGCCGCUGCCGUGGCUGACAUGACCAUUAAAGAUGCCCACCAGGGGGGCAAGGACGUCAAGGAGAAUGGGGUUUCUGCAGUGAAAGUAGAGUCUCAGGAGCCCUCAGAAGAGGAGGCAGCAGAAGAAGCGGUGUCUCAGCUUGCUGAGCCCGAGAGUGCCCCCUCUGGUGAGGAGGUGCAACUGGGGGAGGAAGGAGCCGGAAAUGCAGCCAUCGCUGCCCCUGCUGUAGUGGCUGAUCAAGAGGAGUUCCCAGGAAUGAGCCUGAACCUCGCAGGAACCGCGCCGAUUGGCAGCUGCACUUCCGUCAAGGAUGGGAGUGACUCUGAGCAAGCCCGUGCCUCCCUUACAAGCCCUGGGGACCUGAAACAUGUGGGAAUGAAUGGGUCUGUGCCAUUUUCUCCAAGGGAAUUCUCCUCAGAUGCGUAUAGGAGGCAGUCAGAAGACUCGGAUAGAAUUUCCCAGAGCCCUGGCCAGGUGCAAAGUGAGUUGGGGGUGUCGCUGAUCCGCAGCGUUGUGGUAGCAGAUCUCUCAUCCUUGGGAGUGGGCUGCAUGGACGACAAAGAUGGACACCCUGCAGCUAACCUCUCUCCGUUCCUUGAAGGCAAGAAUCGCGUACUGUCUUUCGAUUACACCGAACCUCAGCGCCCAACCGGCCAGGAUGGGCUCAGUGGAGAACUGAGCGGCCCUGAUGAGUCGCCAUCCGGAAGCAGAAGCCCGGAGCCACGCCUUGCUGACCCUUGGUCUCCCACCUCCCCUACUGUGGUACCAAAGGGGGCAAGUCAAGCAUCUCUGAGUCCUGAGCGACAACCUGACAGUCCUGUGGCAAGCGAGGCCCAGAAAGACCCUGGAGACACAGAGAGCUUUUCGGAACUAGCAAAUGUGGCUCCUUCAAAGGCAGAUGAAUACCUGGAGACGUCGGACGAAGAUCUCAAGGCAGCUGUGAAAGCCACAGAUGUGUCUGCAGGCGGCGACAAUGUCUUGUCAUACCAGGAACAGGGAUCUAUAUUCCCCCCUGAGAAGACCCAACAGAAACCUCUGUCCAAGAUUGCUGCCCCUCCUGUUUCUAACACCAAAUCUCAGAAACCCCCCCAAAAAGAUGCUUCCAUAGACAGAAAAUCAAAUGUUCCAGUCCCUCAAACCAAAGCUAAAACCAAGGCUGAUGCUGAGAAAAAUGCUGCCGGCAGUGAAAAGAAGACCCCCACAACCACACCUGCCAAAUCUAGACCCACUUCCACCCCAAAAAGACCCUCCUCAGUCACUGCGAGCCCCUCGAAAAAACCCCUGGCCUCCUCCACUAGCAGGCCCGUCGCUAAAGCCAGCAGUGCAGGAGCCGGUGGGACCAGGCCACAGGUGGCUGAUGGGAAAGCUGGAGCCAAACCUCAAGCUGCAGGGACCAAAAUUCCUGGCAAGACCCCGACUCAGACUGUAGAUUCCCCCAAGACCCCAGAACGCAGUGGAUCCAGCACCCCAAAAUCACCCUCCAGCCGUGCCCACACCCCUGGAGCCAACAAGGAGGUGAAGAAGGUUGCUGUGGUUCGCACUCCUCCCAAGUCCCCGGGGUCCAUGAAGAACCGCUCCCCUGCCUCCGCGGUUCCCAUGCCGGACCUGAAGAACGUCCGGUCUAAAAUCGGCUCCACGGACAACCUCAAGCACCAGCCCGGAGGAGGCCGGGUCCAGAUUCUGGAUAAGAAGGCAGACUAUAGCAGUGUUCAGUCUAAGUGUGGUUCCAAGGUCAAUCUCAAGCAUGUCCCCGGAGGUGGCAAUGUGCAAAUUCCUAAUAAGAAGAUGGACUUUAGCACUAUUCAGUCUAAGUGUGGCUCGAAAGAUAAUAUGAAGCAUGUUCCUGGAGGUGGUAAUAUUCAAAUUGUUCACAAAAAGAUGGACUUGAGCAAUGUUCAGGCAAAAUGUGGCUCGAAGGACAACAUUCGACACAAACCAGGUGGUGGCAACAUUGAAAUAAAGACAGAGAAGCUGGAGUUCAAAGGCCAGUCAAAGAUUGGCUCUCUUGAGAACAUCGGGCACGUGGCUGGAGGAGGUCAAAGGAAGAUUGAGUCACACAAGCUGACCUUCCGUGAAGAGGCCAAGGCUCGCACAGACCAUGGGGCAGAUAUCGUCUACAAGUCCCCCACUGCCUCCAUGGAUGGCUCCCCCCGCCGCCUCAGCAACGUGUCCUCCUCCGGCAGCAUCAACAUGGCUGACUCACCCCAACUCUCCACCCUUGCCGACCAGGUGUCCGCCUCCCUUGCCAAGCAGGGCUUGUGAUUCCCAUGCCCCCCCAGCUGGAUUCCUCGCCCCCUGAGGGGAAAAAAAAUCACCCUGAAAGAUGAAAAAAGAAAACAGUAACCUUUGCUUUCAUUCCUCCGUCCUUUCAAACGAGUUGUGUGCAGGAUAUCCUAACCGGGUCAAAUAUCCUACCCCCCCCUCUUACUGUCUUUUUGUUGAUUAGUGUUUUGGGCAUGACGGUUAGAUAACUAGGAAAAUUGAUGAGUUAUGAUAUUUAGUUUUCUUCCAUCUCUGGAAUAUAUUUGAAUGCAUUGAUCCUGUUUGUUGUUGAUAACGCUAAAUCAGGGCCCUUUUAAAGAAGAACCACACUAAUCACACCGACCAGGAGCCUGCAAGAUAUUCCCACACUUCUCUCACGCCUCUAUCAUGUUGUCUUUUCUCAUAGCUUUUAGUCUUUGCUCUUAAAAAGAGACCUCUAAGAUGUUUUGUUUUAUGCAGUCUGCUUUUAACCUUGCUUGUGUGUCAGCUUAUUAAAUGCACAAAAUUCCAAAUACAGAAAUAAAUAGGCCUAUGGUGGGAGUGAAGGGUAUGUAAUCAAAUUAAAAUCAUCGUGAAAAAUCCAGAAAAAGGGAGGAAAAAUGGUUUUAGCAUGUACUCCAUAAUAAGCAAAGCUCUUGUCACUUAUAACUGGGGAUCACACAACUUCUACACAUCCUACAUUAUCUGCAUAGUGCAAGGGCAGCCCAUUCAGUUUACUCACAAGGGAUUUCCUAAGCAGCAUAAAACCUGAUGAUAUUGAGUCCUUGGGCAGAGCAUUGAGUCAGUUCAAGCCUUCAGAAUCACUCUACUAUUCAGACUGUUAUCUCAGAUUCAGGAGUCCCAGUGGGAUUUGCCAUUUGUUUUCUGCAUAGACAUACUUUACCCAACUCCAGUAAGAAGCACAGACUUCAGCUCCAUUUUUGAAGGAUUACAGUGAGGCGUGUGUAUGUUGCCGAGUAGUGAAAUUAUUUAUCAAUGUGAGAAUGGCAAGGGCAACCUUGCUUACACCAUGAUUACAGUUAUGUCAGAGCACGGAAGAGGACAUCUUACCAGUGCAUUUCAUCAUACCUUUAUUCUUUUCCCCCUACUGCACAAAUGUGACCUGCGUUAAUAGCGAUUUAGUGAGGGGAGGACUGAUCUGUGAACUACAAUGGAAUUCUCAGUCACCAUGACAACAGAGUGGCAAAUGCUUCCAAGUAUGUGCAGCUACGUGAAGGGUUGAAUUUGAGGUUUUUUUUUUUUGGUUGGGGGCCUCUGACCCUUAGUAUAGAUGUAGACUAGGAGGCCAAUGCCACAAUUGUAUUAUACUUACCGUAGGUAAAAGUAGCAGCAUGAACAAUAAACACAGCUUCACGUAUAGUUUAGUUUUACUUCUAAGUUUCAGGCUGUGCUUUAACACAAACCUGGCAGACAGAGUUGACACUUAUAACACGUCAGUCAUCAGUCAGAGAGAUCCUAUUACUAACUAAUUACUAUAGUGACAAAUUUUUACAUCCUAGCCUUUUUUUUUAAAUAAAGUAUUUUAUCUCUAGUUGGUUCUGGAUUUAUCAAUUAACAGAGACAUACCCUGGGAAAAAAUCUGGAUCAUGGGUUUUAUUCUUUUAAAACAGGUUCCCUGAGUCAGAAUUAUUAGGUAUUAAGCUGUGGCAUCUGAGUUUCCUUUAAAGCAUAUACAUGGAAACAUGGAAAAUUAUUUCACUUGUAGUUUCCUCAGUUUGCCCUCCUUUGUUAAACUGUUUUAAAGAAAUGGUUUCAUGAUUGCUGUUGUCAACAAGUUGUUUUCCCAUCCAAAAUAAGCCCUUGUGGAACUUUAAACAGUGUGACCUGCAGUGGAGGAAUAAACGUUUCCUUCAUAGUUUCCUGGACAAAACAAACGUUUGAGGAUGUGCAGGAUGGUGGAGACCAGCUCUUACUUUCACCACGUCGACAUUACAGGGUACCUGCUACCGGAAUGGCAAGGGGAGGGUACCCACGUUAAAGUAGAAACGCUUUGCAAAGAUGCGACAAGUAGUAGAAGUGAUGCUGCAUAGUCAUACGCUUUACUCCAUUCUCAUUACCCAUAAUACCCCACCUCACGUUAUUCACCUCCCCAUUGGCCUUUUCUCCCUGCAUGUACAGCUAGAUAAGACAGAAGACUAAAGCAAGACCGUGACCGAGCCCAAACUCCCCCCUCCCUCCGCUUUCUUCACUGAGGGCACGUGCUGCGCCACAAAUCAAGAAAGUAAAUGUUUUGUCGCGAGGAAAAAAAAAAAAAAAGGAAAAAAAAAGUGAAAAAGUAUGAAACGCUUAACUGCAUAAAACCAAGCUUUUUCUAAUAGUAUUCCGUGGAUGUGCGAUGUACCUGAUUAUCAAAACCCUGUUUUGGAUUGUGUCUGCUGGCCUAAUCUACCCUUUUAUUUAUGUUCAUGCUCCUAAGUAAAUGCUUUUUAUUUAAUAUUUUUUUAAGAUGAAAGCUCUUCACAAAAACAUUUUUACCCUUGUUGAUGAAUGAACUGAGACUACACUAAUUUAAAAAAAAAAAAGGAAAAAAAAAAUGAACAAGACAACUGUCAUAUUUCUGAAAGAUCAGAGUGGAUUGAAAUAACAGUAAUAUGUGUAUGUGUUAGCAAACGUUAAACAGCUAGUAGACUUGCUGUGAGAGUUAAAACUGUCGCAACUUGGGCAAGGAAGCAACAUCCGGAGUCUACGGUUCUGCUUCAGACCUGAACUUGAGGUACCACAACUGAGGCAUAGCCUCCAAAUCUCCAUGAGUAAAAAAAAUCAGGCGUAAAGAAAUGGGACAUUUUGGGAGUUGAUAUUCAGAAUCUUGCUGGGGGAAAAAAAGGGGGUUCAGGCCUGAGCAAAAUGAAGAUGAAGGAACGUUUGAAACUCCUGUCAUACCAUUUCUGCACAAAUCGAAACUGCAGUGUGACCACUUCGGUUUAGUCAGAUGAGGGGGAAAAAUAAAAUAAAAUAAAAAAAAAAUUAAAAAUUAUUAUAGCCAGGACUUAUUUCUACAGAUAUUCUGCUGUUGCAACUGUUCGCCAGUUAGCCUAGAACCUCCAUUGUAUUCCCAUAAUGCCCAUUUUCAUAUUUAGGGUGAUUUCACUGGUGACAGCAGGAGAAAUAAGACCCAAGUGGUCACCCAUUUCUUCUUGAUGGGGACGAUGUGUUUGAUAUGAUAGCGUUAGAGAAUUAUCCAACCUAUGUAUGUGUGUACUUGUUUGGCUUAUUGUUGAACCACUGCAGAGGUAUAUUCGAGGCAGUAACAGAAGCUUGCUCCUGAAGAUUCAGUUCCGGAAUGCAACCAGUUCAUUUGCAUGUAGUCUUGUAACCUAUAUCGCUGACACCAAAACUCUUGAGUGACUUGGAUGUAUGUUUGAAUAGUCCGUCUCCUCCGCAUUAAAUGAACAAAACUCCUUGGUAGCAGGAAAACGUUAAAAAGAAGAGAAAAAAAGCCCUGGUUAGAGACGCUAUAUCCAAGAACCACAGGAGGGGAAGGGAAAAUGUUCUGUGAGGCUUUCUAUGUUGUAAAUGAUUUUUUUAAGAGCUCUCCCCUCUUUUGAGAGUUUUGGAAAGGUAUUGCCAUUUCAGUCUCAUUAAUGCCUUUAAACUCCCCCCAGUUUCUGCAUUUUUAUUUCUGCAGUUCUACAUUCUAGCUUGGCAAUUGUGACUGUCCAUAUGGUUAUUGUGUUUUAUUAAUAACUGGUUUACACUGAUAUUUGUUGCUGUAAAUGUGAAUUUGGAAAUAAAAUCUGUAUUAAACAGUUA